GAAAGUAGCUCAGCUACCACUUUGCCUUAUUCGCCCUCAGCGGUUCAGAGGAGUGUUCUUCCAACUCUCCCGGCCUCAUUGCCUCAUUAGCCCUCAGCGGUUCACUAAUUCGCGGAUUGUAGCUCCUUGGGUAAACAUUGGGGUACACAUAGCAUUUUCGAUGAAGACGAAGAAGAAGAGGGGAAAAAUAAAGAUUUUCUUUAAUAAAAAACCCUAACCCCUCUCUACUCUUCUCUCUGCCCCGGCUAAAAGCGUUAGAAGGCCGACAAGGCCAGGGCCUUCCAAAAGAGGAAUCAAUUUCUUUUCUUUUCUUUUAUGUUUUCUCUCGGUUCUGUAUGCUUGUUCAAUGGUUGAUCAAAUGGAAGGUGGCAGGAGGAGGAAGUGGUAGAAAUUCUUUUAUCUCUUAGAGCAGUUGAAGAGGAGAAGGGCUUGGUGCUGAUGGCUGAAGGGGUUGGGCCUCGAUUAUACAGCUGUUUCAAUUGCCGAAACAAUGUUGCUCUUCAUGAUGAUAUCAUUUCGAAAGCUUUUCAGGGGAGAAAUGGGCGCGCAUUUCUGUUUUCUCAUACAAUGAACAUAGUUGUGGGGGCAAAGGAAGAUAGGCAGCUAAUGACAGGAUUGCAUACGGUUGCUGAUAUCUACUGCUGUGAUUGUCAUGAAGUGUUGGGUUGGAAAUAUGAAAGAGCUUAUGAGGAGACACAGAAGUACAAAGAAGGGAAGUUUAUACUUGAGAAGUCAAAGAUUGUGAGGGAGAACUGGUAGCUCCCACCUGUAGAUGCUUGUUGCUAAAGCUUCUGAAUGCAAGUGCCUUGCUUGAGUGUUUUCAUAAAGAUUGUGAGGGAGAACUGGCAGCUCCCACCUGUAGAUGCUAUGUUGCUAAAGCUUCUGAAUGCAAGUGCCUUGCUCGAGUGUUUUCAUGUUUCCAAAUUUUCAUCUUGUACAUAGUCCCUGUUGGUUGUCUGUUCUUGCUGCCAUGCCAUUUGUAGAGGUCAUGCACUGGAAACUGUUAUUCUUCUUUGUGAAUAAAUUACAAGUUUGUGUGUAUGGAUCA